AUGGCCGAGUCCCAGCUGAGCUGCCUGGACGAGGCGCACGUGAACGAGAGGGUGACCGAGGCGCAGGCCGCCUUCUACUACUGCGAGCGGAGGCGGGCCGCGCUGGAGGCGCUGCUGGGCGGCGGCGAGCGGGCCUACCGCGAGCUGGUCAAGAAGGAGCAGCUGCGGGACUUCCUCUCCAGCCGGGAGCAACAGGCCCUCCGCGCCGCCUGGAUCCCCUACGAGGACGCCGCCGCCGCCGCCAACGCCGCAGCCCGAGGCAAGAGCAAGGCCAAGGCGAAAGCCCCGGCGCAGGCCCCGGCCGAGCCCUGCGAGUCCCUGGCCUACUGGCCCGACCGCUCCGACACCGAGGUGCCCCCGCUGGACCUGGGCUGGACCGACACGGGCGUCUACCGCGGCGUGAGCCGCAUCACCCUCUUCACCCACCCGCCCAAGGAGGAGAAGGCGCCCCAUCUCAAACAGGUGGUCAGGCAGAUGAUCCAACAGGCCCAGAAGGUCAUUGCGGUGGUCAUGGACCUCUUCACUGAUGGCGAUAUCUUCCAAGACAUUGUGGAUGCUGCCUCUAAGCGCCAGGUCCCAGUAUAUAUCAUCCUGGAUGAGGCAGGCGUGAAGUUUUUCUUGGAAAUGUGUCAGGGCCUAGAGCUCACCGACUUCCGUAUUCGGAACAUCCGUGUCCGCUCUGUGACGGGUGUUGGCUUCUACAUGCCCAUGGGGAAGAUCAAGGGGACCCUGUCAUCAACGUUCCUAAUGGUAGAUGGUGAAAAAGUAGCCACUGGAUCUUACAGGCUGGGCCUACGUGUUGUGCUUUUCUGUCCCCACGUUCCCAGGUUCACCUGGAGCUCCUCCUACAUGGACAGGAACCUUCUCCUCCUCCUCACAGGGCAGAACGUGGAGCCCUUCGAUGUGGAGUUCCGGGAGCUGUAUGCCAUCUCCGAGGAGGUGAACUUGCACCAGCAGCUGAACCUGGCAGGGGGCGCCGGGAGGCUCGGCGUCAACUACUCUUCCACCGUGGCUCGCAAGCUAAUCAACCCCAAGUAUGCCCUGGUGUCAGGCAGCCGCCACCCCCCCGGGGAGAUGAUGCGCUGGGCCGCCGGGCAGCAGCGGGAGGCCGGCGGCGACCCGGAGGAGCAGGAGGAGGGGGGCAGAGGCGGCGAGGCGGCCCGGCGCCUGGAGGGCUUCCUGAAUGACCUGGUCACGCUGGAGCAGGUGCUGCCCCCCGUGGAGCCCGUUCCCUCUGGAGAGCUGACUCGGAAGGACGGCAGGGUGCUCUCUCACCUGCGCGUGGACCUGAAGCCCAGACCCCCAGAGGCGCUCGUCCGAAACGGCAAGGGAGAAGCUGCCAACGGGGAGGCCACGGCGGCCAAGGACGGCAGGCGCUUGAGCAAGAGGCUCUUCAGUCGACGGGCCAAGAGUCCCACGGCGCCCAACGGUGUGACCGGCUCCCUCUGCACCGAGACCUUUGCAGAAGUGCGGCUAGUGACGGGGAAGAGGCCCAAAGAGGGCUCCAGUGCCGACAUCUCAGGUAAAACAAGUCCCAGUCUUGCCAAGGCCAGCAAUUGUGUGAUUUCCUGAGCCAUAGGUCAGCAGUGGGUAGGACCUGUGGAUGCCCCCAGCCCUGUCCUGUGGAGAAUACAGGUCAAACUCUGCACCAGUUUGCACUUCGGACCCUCACUUGCUUCCUGCCCGACAGCCUCUAUCCUGGCCUCAGGGACCCUCAAGCCCAGAUGUGAGAGUCUGCAGCAUCUCAAGAUGACCACACGCCCCUACAAGACUGUCGCUGGCUGGGCAGGGGUCACUCCUUCUUGUUUACAUGAAGUGGAAGCUUGA